AUGCCCACCCCAGUCACAGAGCCGGAGCAUGCCCACCCCAGUCACAGAGCCGGAGCAUGCCCACCCCAGUCACAGAGCCGGAGCAUGCCCACCCCAGUCACAGAGCCGGAGCAUGCCCACCCCAGUCACAGAGCCGGAGCAUGCCCACCCCAGUCACAGAGCCGGAGCAUGCCCACCCCGGUCACAGAGCCGGAGCAUGCCCACCCCAGUCACAGAGCCGGAGCAUGCCCACCCCGGUCACAGAGCCGGAGCAUGCCCACCCCAGUCACAGAGCCGGAUCAUGCCCACCCCGGUCACAGAGCCGGAGCAUGCCCACCCCAGUCACAGAGCCGGAGCAUGCCCACCCCAGUCACAGAGCCGGAGCAUGCCCACCCCAGUCACAGAGCCGGAGCAUGCCCACCCCAGUCACAGAGCCGGAGCAUGCCUACCCCCAGUCACAGAGCCGGAGCAUGCCCACCCCAGUCACAGAGCCGGAGCAUGCCCACCCCAGUCACAGAGCAGGAGCAUGCCCACCCCAGUCACAGAGCCGGAGCAUGCCCACCCCAGUCACAGAGCCGGAGCAUGCCUACCCCCAGUCACAGAGCAGGAGCAUGCCCACCCCAGUCACAGAGCCGGAGCAUGCCUACCCCCAGUCACAGAGCCGGAGCAUGCCCACCCCCAGUCACAGAGCACAUGCCCACCCCCAGCAGAGCGGAGCAUGCCCACCCCAGUCACAGAGCAGGAGCAUGCCCACCCCAGUCACAGAGCAGGAGCAUGCCCACCCCAGUCACAGAGCCGGAGCAUGCCUACCCCCAGUCACAGAGCAGGAGCAUGCAUGCCUACCCCCAGUCACAGAGCAGGAGCAUGCCCACCCCAGUCACAGAGCAGGAGCAUGCCCACCCCAGUCACAGAGCAGGAGCAUGCCCACCCCAGUCACAGAGCAGGAGCAUGCCCACCCCAGUCACAGAGCAGGAGCAUGCCCACCCCAGUCACAGAGCAGGAGCAUGCCCACCCCAGUCACAGAGCCGGAGCAUGCCCACCCCAGUCACAGAGCAGGAGCAUGCCCACCCCAGUCACAGAGCAGGAGCAUGCCCACCCCAGUCACAGAGCAGGAGCAUGCCCACCCCAGUCACAGAGCAGGAGCAUGCCCACCCCAGUCACAGAGCAGGAGCAUGCCCACCCCAGUCACAGAGCAGGAGCAUGCCCACCCCAGUCACAGAGCAGGAGCAUGCCCACCCCAGUCACAGAGCCGGAGCAUGCCCACCCCAGUCACAGAGCAGGAGCAUGCCCACCCCAGUCACAGAGCCGGAGCAUGCCCACCCCAGUCACAGAGCCGGAGCAUGCCCACCCCAGUCACAGAGCCGGAGCAUGCCCACCCCAGUCACAGAGCCGGAGCAUGCCCACCCCAGUCACAGAGCCGGAGCAUGCCCACCCCAGUCACAGAGCAGGAGCAUGCCCACCCCAGUCACAGAGCAGGAGCAUGCCCACCCCAGUCACAGAGCAGGAGCAUGCCCACCCCAGUCACAGAGCAGGAGCAUGCCCACCCCAGUCACAGAGCAGGAGCAUGCCCACCCUAGUCACAGAGCAGGAGCAUGCCCACCCCAGUCACAGAGCCGGAGCAUGCCCACCCCAGUCACAGAGCAGGAGCAUGCCCACCCCAGUCACAGAGCAGGAGCAUGCCCAACCCAGUCACAGAGCAGGAGCAUGCCCACCCCAGUCACAGAGCAGGAGCAUGCCCACCCCAGUCACAGAGCAGGAGCAUGCCCAACCCAGUCACAGAGUAGGAGCAUGCCCACCCCAGUCACAGAGCAGGAGCAUGCCCACCCCAGUCACAGAGCAGGAGCAUGCCCAACCCAGUCACAGAGUAGGAGCAUGCCCACCCCAGUCACAGAGCAGGAGCAUGCCCACCCCAGUCACAGAGCAGGAGCAUGCCCACCCCAGUCACAGAGCAGGAGCAUGCCCACCCCAGUCACAGAGCAGGAGCAUGCCCACCCCAGUCACAGAGCAGGAGCAUGUCCACCCCAGUCACAGAGCAGGAGCAUGCCCACCCCAGUCACAGAGCCGGAGCAUGCCUACCCCCAGUCACAGAGCAGGAGCAUGCCCACCCCAGUCACAGAGCAGGAGCAUGCCCACCCCAGUCACAGAGCAGGAGCAUGCUCACCCCAGUCACAGAGCCGGAGCAUGCCUACCCCCAGUCACAGAGCAGGAGCAUGCCCACCCCAGUCACAGAGCCGGAGCAUGCCUACCCCCAGUCACAGAGCAGGAGCAUGCCCACCCCAGUCACAGAGCCGGAGCAUGCCUACCCCCAGUCACAGAGCAGGAGCAUGCCCACCCCAGUCACAGAGCCGGAGCAUGCCUACCCCCAGUCACAGAGCAGGAGCAUGCCCACCCCAGUCACAGAGCAGGAGCAUGCCCACCCCAGUCACAGAGCAGGAGCAUGCCCACCUCAGUGACAGAGCUUCCUCCCCACUACCCACCAAACACUACCACGGUAGCCGCCUAGCUACCAUUAAUUAA